GAUAGCAAUUAUACUAUUCAUGGAAAACACGAUCUGGCGUCGAUGUUUGCUCCAGCGAUUUUGUGGGCGUCAAAACGUAACAGAACCUUACGGCAUCGACGUAAAAUGGGUUACAGCACAAAUAUUUUUAUUGUACCAGUGGAUCGAAACCUACUGUGCGGAAUUUGUAAGGAGGUGUUGAAAAAUCCACGCACCUUGCAUUGUGGACAUACGUAUUGCGAAGAUUGUUUAGAUGGCUGGUUUAAAUCCGCGAAAGACGUAAAGUUAACUUGCCCUAUGUGUCGGCGCUAUGUGAUUUUGUCUAUCACCGCACCUGUUUUAGCUCUCAGAGAAUUCAUCGAGGGACUUUCGGUGGAGUGCAAAAAUGCUGUCAACGGUUGUAAAAUGGUGUUAAAACUUAGAGACUUGGAGAAGCAUUUGGAGAACUGCGACUUUACUUUGGUGGAGUGUAGUGGCUGUGAUGAAAUGUUUAGUCAAAAUGAUUUUCACGUGCAUCGCAAUAAAUGCCCCAAGUUGAAUGAGACAAUCUGUUUCGAUGCCCGCGUGCAUGCCGAGAUUGCAGCGAUUCAAAACGAGCUCUUCAAGACAAAGAAGUCCCUUCGAACUUCCGAAGAAACCGUUCAAAGGCUCGAAUCCAUUUUGUGCGAAUUACGGGCCCAAAGACGAAUCCGAGCGGAGUCGACGCGGGCCGAAGAUUUCCGAGAUUCCAAGUGGGAUCCCGAUUACUCAUACGGGUAUUCCCCUCAAAGUAUUUCUAAUCUUUCAACUUUUAUUUCGCGUUUUUUGACAAAAAUGCCACCUUACGUCGAUCAAGAUCGCAUUUUUAUUUGUCUGAAACGCUGUUUUGAUUUUUAUCAUAAUUGCGCAGCGUUCUGGCAAGAUGUCCACAUGCUUUUGGCAACAGCGUUGGCCAGUGGUUGGAUCAGAGAUGAACAGUGUAAGAAACUUGAUGAUUGGUUGACAAUUUUGGCCCGUGAACGCUUAUUGAAGUGAGUGUCGAAUUAUCUUAGGAAGAAAAAGCGAACAAGGGAGAGAAAGAAGAAAAUAAAAAAGGACAGAAAGCUCUCGAUUUGGCCUCAAAAUAAUAAAAAAGGAUAUAAUUAAUCUCGUUCCCACGCGAUUACUCUAAACGUAUCAAACGAAUAAACAAGCCUUAGACGAAACUGAGAAAUAUCCG